AUGUCGUGGAAGAAGAACGUGGAACUAAAUAAUUUCUCCUGCAAUGGCUCCAUCCCCCUGACUGACACGUUACACCGAGAUAGCAGAGACCGCUCUGGACCAUGGGCACCCUGCCAGGCUUCAAAAAUACUCCUUGACGGACGGGGCCCACUGACUGAUGACGAAGCUGCCCUUCAAAUGGAAAGGUUUUUUGAGGACUACUACGCAGACACCGAAAAUUCCACUCCUGUUCAAGAACAACAUGUGAGAGUAUCUGAGGUACUAGUCUCGUUAGAGCUUACUGGAGGUUACGAGCACACUAUUAAUGAAUUGAGCUGGGCUACUAAGACUGCUUGGAGGAAUGCUCCAAGAUGUGUUGGUCGUGACAUCUGGAAAACUUUGAGGGUCGCUGAUGAGAGGAGUGCUGUAACCUGCAGAGAGAUCUUCGAGGCGACUUGUAAAAAUUUGAGGAUGGCUUAUAACGGAGGUAAAAUUAAUCCAUCCGCCACAGUUUUUCGUCAGCGCUACCGGAAAGACAAAGAUAAACCAGGGAUCAGAGUUUGGAACAAAGUCCUGCUCGGCUUUGCAGGCUUCGUAAAAGAUAACGGAGAGGUUAUAGGAGACCCUCAGAACGUUUACAUAGCCAAUCUUGCGCUGAGUUUGGGCUGGUUACCGAAGAGGGAGAAGUUUGAACUGCUACCCCUCAUUAUAACGGACAUCCACCAAAAUACGGAACUGUUUGAAUUUCCAGAUGAUAUAAAGGGGUACAUUGUGGACAUUUCUCACCCGACAGAGCCAGAGAUUACCAAGCUGGGUCUCAAAUGGUAUGCUAUACCCUCCGUGAGUUCCAUGAUGCUAGAGGCAGGGGGGAUCCAGUACACUUGCUGUCAAAUCGCGGGUUUCUUCCAGGACACUGAGGUAUCCAUAAUGAAUCUGUUGGCGGAGUCUAGAUACAAUCUCUUGGAACCUAUUGGGAGGGCGCUAAAGUUAGACGUUUCCAAGAACUCGACUUACUGGAAAUGCACAGUGGCUACGGAGCUAACAAAAGCAGUUUACGACAGCUUCACGCUUGCUCAUGUCUCCAUGACAGAUCAUUUGACUCUGGCAGAGAACUUCCAGUCCUUUAUGAAAGAGGAGAUAAGAACAAGAGGAGGGUGCCCGGCUGAUUGGAUCUGGAAUGUCUCCAUGACAGAUCAUUUGACUCUGGCAGAGAACUUCCAGUCCUUUAUGAAAGAGGAGAUAAGAACAAGAGGAGGGUGCCCGGCUGAUUGGAUCUGGGUAGUUCCACCAAUGUCUAGUGGUAUGGUGCCGACCUUCCAUCAAGAGAUGCUCCGGUACUCUUUAUCACCAUCAUACGAGUACCAGCCCCAUGCCAGGAUGUAUUUCAGACAAAACUGUAAAAAAGUAUCCUUCAGAAUACUGGCGAAAACGAUCAUGUAUUUCCUUGCUAUGAUGAAGAAAUGCCUCAACGAAAGGAAGCGUGUAACGAUAGUAUACGCAACAGAGGGUGGGACUGCCUUGAAGCUUUCUAGAGUUGCAGAGGCUCUUUUUGUGAGAGCUUUCAACGUAACCGUGUUACCCAUUACUGAAAUAACCGAAGAGGACGCCCUGAGGAUCCAUAUUGAUUGUUCUAAUGUGGUUAUCAUAGUUAGUUCAACUUACGGUUGCGGAGGAGCCCCCUCCAUGGGGGAGAACUUCCGUCAAAGUCUUCUUAACAAAACCUACUGUUUUGAUGGCAUAAAUUAUGCAGUUUUUGGACUGGGAUCGUCAAAGUGUAAGCAGUGGACACUUGCUUUUGACUUUGGUAAGCUCAUCGAUAGUGAAAUAGAGAAGGGGGGAGGAAAGCGGUUUUCUGAAAUUGGCUACGGUGACGAUCAAACCGACCAAAACCUAGCUUUCGAGACUUGGAUAAAGGACCUAUAUAGAAAAUGCUGCACUGAAUACCUACCCUCAAGCAUUCAAGCACUUGGGGUCGUGAGCAAAGAGAGAACUUUCGACUAUCUUUACAGGUGGAGAUAUUGCAACAAAAGAAGCCUCAAUGAAUGCUUCCAAGGGAUAGUUGGUCCUUUGAAAAAGGUUUUCGAAUUCACCAUUAAAGAUAAAAUAAAGCUUCCAUCAGGAAAGAAUUAUUUGCUUGUUCUAUCUUACAACUCCGAUGACGAGUCCGCAUUGUUUCGUCCAGGAGACCACCUAGGAAUAUUUCCUACAAACUUGUCGUCUAAAAAAGAUGAGGUGAUUAGACGUUUUCACGAUAUUCCAUUUCGUGGGAUUCCAUUAGUCCUAGAAGAAAAGAUAGCAGUCCAUAAGUCUUGGCGGGAGUGGAAUGUUAAUUUUUCAGGACUUACUUUUGAUGAACUCCUAUCCAAUGUUACAGACCUCAACAGCAUACCCCUCGGCUUAGAAAGAUUGCUGGAAACAGUGACAGUGGAGAAUGGAGAUAGUAAGAACAGACUAAGCAAGACUAAUACUACUAAAAUAGACUGUGCACAUUUCAUUGGAGAGAUGCCGACUAUCAAUAGACGACUCUACAGUGUGGCAUCUCUCCAGAACAAGGACCAUACCGUCAAUAUUUUGGUAGGCAUGCAGGAAUUCGGUAAAGCAGGAUUGACCACAGAUUUCGUGAAACAUGCGCCUAUUGGUGAGAAGAUUCAAGGAUACUUCAUCAGCAGCAAGGAGCAAAUGAGACUGCCCCAAGAUGACAACCUUCCUUUGCUCUUAGUUUCUGCCGGAUCCGGCUUUGCCCCUUUUAUGUCAUUUAUAGAGUUUAGGGAACGAGCAGUUCGCGCUGGUGCUAAAACAGGACCUAUAUUUAUCUUCCACGGUUGCAGGUUCAAGGAGCAAAAUUUUCUAAACGAGCUGCUGAAGAAAGCCAGUACUGUGCUGACUAUAAAGACCUUCAGAGCGUAUUCUAGAACCGAACCCGUCCAAUCUGAAGUGGGUCGGUUUCGUACAAUCUGUCACGAGAUUUUUGCUAGUAAUCCAGGUCCAACAACAGUGUCAGUGAAAAAAGGAUAUGUACAGGAUCUCAUAAAAAAAGAGGGUGAAGUGGUUGCCAGAGUCGUAAGAGAUGGUGGUUACAUAUAUGUAUGCGGAGGAACAAAUAUGGCUAUUGGAGUCAGGAGACAGUUAGAGAGCACUUUGGAGGAGUGGAGGAGUGUGCCGCUAGGGGAACUGAUCAUUAACAAAAGAUAUCAGGAAGAAAAGUUUUCAUGAUUCACACCGACCUGCCCAGAACCUCGUGCCUCAGAACCUCAUUUAACCCUCGCGGCGCUCCUUUCAAGCACGUGUACUACUGCCCCAGUGACUCCGAGCUUCUGGUCGGGACCCAGUGAGAGGAGGCAACCUACCACGGGUAACAAACAAGAU